CGGAAGCAGGUAACGGUCGGGAUUUGAAUUGUCGUUGGAAAACAGCGGCAGAUGACAGCAGUUUGAUACGCUCGUAGUAGAUCAUUUCUUUUUCUUGUCCAGAAGCAGGAUUACAACUGAGAUAAGAUGUCAAAAAAACAGAUUUUCUACUCUGACAAGUACAACGAUGACGAGUUCGAGUACAGGCAUGUUGUGCUUCCGAAGCAGCUGUCUAAACUGGUGCCCUCCUCCCAUCUGAUGACAGAAGAAGAAUGGAGAGGGCUGGGGGUGCAGCAGAGCCAGGGCUGGAUCCACUACAUGAUUCACAAACCAGAACCACACAUACUCCUUUUCAGAAGGCCUCUACCUAAGGAAUGAAUGGGGAACCGUCUUCAAGCCGUGUAGCUCCUUUGCUUCGUUCUCUCGGCGUUUCAGCCGCGCAUCUCGUCUACAUAAAAUGUAUCUCUACGGACGUUCGAAUGAUAAUUUGCGUAGAAAAAGUUGUUUUUCUUUCAGAAUCCCAAACUGUUUUCACUUGCAACGAGAGGCGAGAGGCUUGCGUUCACUGUGAAUAAAAAAAACCUUGUACUUGCUACAAUAUGAAGGGGAAUGUUUACGUGCCGGCUGUUCACUUUAAACAUGUUUUUGGAUGUCUUUCCUUGUUCUUCAGUCUUGAUUUGUUUACUGAGUGACUGUACGUUUUUCUUUUCUUGUUAAGCUUUUGGUUGCAUUAUAGAAAUAAAUUGUUAUUAAAUGUUCGAAAUGUUGCCGGCCAGUACCUUGUUACCUAAAGAACAAAAUAAAGUGUUCACUGUAAGGUAUA